AUGCAGGUCGGUGACUUUCCGGCCAGAAAGCCGCUCAAGCUCCUCGAUGCUGCCGAUACAAACAACCUGGGUGUAGUCCUCACUGACCCACAGCGGGAUUGGUGUGCCCCAGAAACGGUUGCGGCUCACGCACCAGUCACGUGCGUCUGCAAUCCAGUUGCGGAAACGCUUCUCCUUAACGAAUCGUGGCACCCACUCAGUCUGUUCGACGCAGCGCAGAAUGUCCUCGCGGUAGUCCUCCACCUUGAUGAACCAGCAGCUGACAGCGCGAUAAACCAGAGGCGUGUCACUACGCCAGCAGAACGGAUACGAGUGCACCAGAGUCCCUGCAUGUACGAGCCUACUAAGCUCCUUCAACAUGCGCUUGAUUUCGGAAUCCGCGUCCUUAAUGUACAUGCCGCCCACGCGCUUAAGGUGGGACUUGAAGUUGCCACUCUCGUCGAUCAGCUCAGGCAGCGCUCCACGGAUAAUGCCGUUGCGCUUGCAAACUCUCAUAUCCUCCUCACCGAAGUAUGGUGCGGCGUGCACGAUACCACUACCGGCGUCAGCAGUGACCAUCUUGUCGCCCACGAUCACGUAGGAGCGCGACAGCUGCUCCUCGCCGAAGCCGGGCUCGGCGGCGUAGAAGUCGAAUAG